AUGGACGGCACGGCGGUGUUAAAACACCACCUCAAGCAUGAAUUGUGUACUACACGCCCUGCCUAUCGAGAAGGAAGAGAUCUAAAGGCUGUAAAGGUAUACAGUGUAGCUCAGGAGUCCCAGUAUCUCCUAGUUCAGGGAGUACCAGCUGUGGGGGCCUCUGCAGAGCUGAUCAAACUGUUUGCUUUAUAUGGGGAAAUCUUGGAGUACAGAAUUCUGGACCAGUAUCCCACAGAUGACAACUACACAGAGAUUUACUGGAUAAAAUAUAAGAAGAUACAGUCUGCAAGGUUUGCCAAGAAGAAGCUAGACGACUAUGCCUUCUUUGGAGGUGCACUUCACAUCUGUUAUGCCCCAGAAUACGAGUCUGUCCAGGAAACCAAGGACAAGCUGCGGGAACGCAGAAGGGAGGUAGCAGUGAGGCUAAGAAAACUUAAAGAGGCAAGUAGUUCCCAGUCUUCAUUAGUGUCUGAGACAGCUGCAGGACACAGCUCUUCCAUACCCCAGACCAUAGCCACUGAUACAGCCCCUGGGUCAUCCAGGCCAGGGCUGGACAACACUGGACAUCAGCACUGGUCAGACACUGGACAUCAACACAUCUCAAACAGUGGACAGAGGCCAAGGACUGACCACCACCAUCAUCAACACCACACACAGAAACAACAGGAUCUCCAACAUGAAACACCCAUGUACAACACCCCACCCCCACCACCCCCUCCU